UCCCGGAGCACACAUCUGCGUGAGGGGCGGGCUCCCCCGGCGGAAGCUGUAUCCAGCAUGCUCCAAGGCCACAGCUCUGUGUUCCAGGCCUUGCUGGGGACCUUCUUCACCUGGGCGAUGACAGCGGCCGGAGCAGCUCUUGUGUUCGUAUUCUCCAGCGGGCAGAGGCGGAUCUUGGAUGGAAGUCUGGGCUUUGCAGCAGGGGUCAUGUUGGCGGCUUCCUAUUGGUCUCUGUUAGCACCAGCGGUGGAGAUGGCCACAUCCUCAGGGGGCUUUGGUGCCUUCGCCUUCUUCCCAGUGGCUGUUGGCUUCACCCUGGGAGCUGCUUUUGUUUACCUGGCUGACCUCCUGAUGCCUCACCUGGGUGCUGAUGACCCCCAGAUGGCCCUGGCGCUGAACUUGGAGCCUGCAUUGAUGAAGAAGUCUGAUCCUGACGGCCCCACCAUGCAGCUCUUCCCCGAGAGGGAGCUUGCCAUCCGGAUAGACAAGAGUGAGAAUGGCGAGGUAUACCAGAGGAAGAAGGUGGCAGCUGCUGGCCUCCCUGAGGGCACUGCCCUCUCAGCGCCCAUGCAAGGGAACUCAGCACAGUCUGCAGUCAGCAGCUGGAGGAGGAUUGCUCUGCUCAUCCUGGCCAUCACCAUACACAACAUCCCAGAGGGUCUUGCUGUUGGUGUAGGAUUUGGAGCUAUAGAAAAGACUGCAUCUGCCACCUUCGAGAGUGCCAGGAAUCUGGCCAUUGGGAUUGGGAUCCAGAAUUUCCCAGAGGGUUUGGCUGUCAGCCUCCCUCUACGUGGAGCAGGCUUCUCCACCUGGAGAGCUUUCUGGUAUGGACAGCUGAGCGGCAUGGUGGAGCCCUUGGCCGGGGUCUUCGGAGCUUUUGCAGUGGUGCUGGCUGAGCCCAUCCUGCCCUAUGCACUGGCCUUUGCUGCUGGCGCCAUGGUCUACGUAGUCAUGGAUGACAUCAUCCCAGAAGCCCAGAUCAGUGGCAAUGGGAAGCUGGCAUCCUGGGCCUCCAUCCUAGGCUUCGUGGUGAUGAUGUCCCUGGAUGUGGGGCUCGGCUAGCUCGGACAACCGUGGGACCCCAUGAAGGAAAGCACCAGGCUUCUGCAGGACCACGAACCUCUCUCCUCACUUUCAAAUCCCGUUCCUCUCUCCCCGCCAUCUCCUUACCCAGAUCACCUUUCAUUACAUUUUCACUUUGCAUUUUGCUUCGGAGGGAGACGCUGGUUUUCACUGUAAUCUCAAGGUAUCAACUAGAACUGUAGAUUUGUGUUUUGGCCACUGACUGGAAAGAAUCUCUCUUCAGUGGGAUUGUCAAGGCUAACCCCUGCUGUCCCACCUCCAGCCUCCCUCACUAGACUCAGCUUCAUCUCCCAGGG